CGCAGUUGUGUUAAUAAGAGUGUGCAGAACACUGAACGCUCAUUCUGCUGUGGGACUGAACACGGCAUGACAAUGAGAGGCUCUGUCCUGAUUUCACUCUGCAUCCUGAUCCAGCUGAGUCUACAAAACACGGUGAAAGCAGAGGACGGACCUGUCCUGCAAACCAAGUUUGGGGCCCUGAAAGGUGAAUAUGUGAAAGCAAAGGGAAAGGACACAGUUGUCCACUCCUAUCUGGGCAUUCCGUUUGCCAAGCCACCCAUGGGCCCAUUGAGAUUUUCUCCUCCACAGCCUGCAGAGAAAUGGACCGUAGUGAGAGACGCUACAAAGCAGCCGUUAAUGUGUCUGCAGGAUAAGCAGUUAGUUAAAGACUUGGUAGCUAAUACGUCUAUGAGUGUAGAGGUUCCUGACUCAUCAGAGGACUGUCUUUACCUGAACGUCUACACACCUUCUAAACCUGGAUCAAAUGACAAGUUGCCUGUUAUGGUUUGGAUUCAUGGGGGAGGUUUUUAUCUAUGCUCAGCUUCCAUUUUUGAUGGACAUGUUUUGGCUGCUUAUCAGGAUGUAGUUGUAGUCCUGAUUCAAUACAGGCUUGGUCUGCUUGGAUUUUUCAGCACGGGAGAUGAACAUGCGCCAGGAAACUAUGGUCUUCUGGAUCAGGUUGCAGCUCUUCAGUGGGUUCAGGAGAACAUCCACAGCUUUGGUGGAGAUCCUGGAUUAGUGACCAUCUUUGGAGAGUCUGCUGGAGGAGUCAGUGUGUCUUUACAUGUUCUUUCUCCAUUAUCGGCAAAUCUCUUCCAUCAUGCCAUUGCAGAGAGCGGUACGGCAGCAAUGGAUGGGACAUCAAAUCCCAACCCUCUGGCAUUAGCUCAGGCUGUAGGAAAUUUAUCUGGCUGUGAUAUUUCCAGCACCAAGAAAAUUGUUGACUGUUUGAUGCAGCUGACAGAAGACGACAUAUUGAAGAUCACUUUGGAGCAUCCAAUGCUUCGUUUUGGAGUGACAAUGGAUGGCCGGUUCCUUUCCAAACCUGCAGCAGAGCUUCUUGAAUCCCACGAGUUUAACAAAGUGCCUCUGAUCACUGGAAUCACUGAUGAUGAGUGGGGUUAUAUUAUGACUGACUUCUUUUCACCUCCAGGAUGGACAGAUGGGAUGGAUAUGGAGCAGAUCAUGCCAAUUUUAACCAUGUUUAAUCCUACUCUUCAAGAUGAGUCAGUUGCUGAGCUUGUUUUAAAUGAGUAUCUGGGUGCAUCUCCUGACAGGAUCAAAAUCAGAGAUGGUUUUCGAGAGAUGUUAGGAGACUUUAUGUUCAACAUCCCAGCUCGCAAACUGGCAAAUUACCACAAAGAUACCGGUGCACCAGUAUAUGUGUAUGAAUUCCAGCAUACUCCCAGCAUACUUCAAAAGAAAAGACCCAGUUUUGCUGGAAGUGACCAUACAGAUGAAAUUGCAUUUGUUUUUGGUUCUUGCUUUGCAAAUGGACAUUUAAAGCUGGAAGGUGAACUCUCAGAAGAAGAGAAUGAACUUUGUAAAACUGUCAUGGCGUAUUGGGGAAACUUUGCUCGCACUGGGUCUCCGAAUGGUCCGGGCCUCACAAAGUGGCCUAAAUAUGGAGCUGAGGCUGAGUAUCUCGGCAUUGGACUGCAACAAAAACCUGGGAAAGACCUGAAGGGAAAACACUUCACUUUUAUGACUCAAACCCUUCCGCAGAUAAUAAAAGAGCGAAAGGAAGGACCUGUAGUACACACCAAAUUAGGAUCUCUGAGAGGUGCCUUCCUGACUGUUAAGGGCAAGGACACAAUUGUCAACAGCUACUUAGGCGUACCGUUUGCCAAGCCCCCUGUGGGCCCCCUGAGACUGGCUCGGCCCCAGCCUGUAGAGAAAUGGGACGGAGUGAGAGAUGCGACCAAACAGCCACCCAUGUGCCUCCAGGACAGGCAAGUUAGUGUGGUUGAAUUUGAGUUUCUUGCUAUGGAUGUGGAGAUUCCCGAGGUAUCAGAAGACUGCUUGUAUCUCAACAUCUACACUCCAGUCAAACCUGGUGAAGAGGCAAAGCUACCAGUGAUGGUUUGGAUUCAUGGUGGAGGACUUUCUCUUGGUUCAGCUUCAGUUUACGACGGCUCCGUUCUGUCAGCGUAUCAGGAUGUGGUUGUGGUGCUGAUUCAGUACAGACUGGGUCUGCUGGGAUUCUUUAGCACGGGAGAUGAACAUGCGCCAGGAAACUAUGGUUUCCUGGAUCAGGUUGCUGCUCUUCAGUGGAUUCAGGAGAACAUCCAUAGCUUCGGUGGAGAUCCUGGAUCUGUGACCAUCUUUGGAGAGUCUGCUGGAGGAAUGAGUGUAUCCACACUGAUCCUUUCGCCAUUGGCUUCUGGUCUGUUUCAUCGUGCCAUUGCAGAAAGUGGGACUGCUUUUUGGGAUGGUUUUGUGAUGGGUAAUCCUUUACUGAGGGCUCAGAAUACAGCCAAAUUAUGUAAAUGUGACAGCAGCAGCUCAUCUGAGAUCGUUGACUGCAUCAUGCGCUGGUCUGAGGAGGAAGUUCUGGAAUGUUCCAAUCAGUUUGUGAUGAUGUACUUCAGUCUGGCUGUGGAUUCUUAUUUCCUUCCCAAACCUGUGGAGGAGAUCGUAAAGAAGCAAGAGUUCAGUAAAGUUCCUCUCAUCACAGGAAUUACCAAUGAUGAGUUUGGCUUUUUAUUGACGGGGUAUUUUGCGGGUAAAGGAUGGAUUGAUGGGAUUGAUAAAGAGCAAGCCAUAAAUGACUUGACCUUGAUAUAUCCUGAUCCCAGGGAUCGAUGGAUCAUUGAUCUGGUGGCGAACGAGUACCUGGGCGACACAAGCGACCCCAUUCAAAUCCGAGACAUUUAUAGAGAGAUGAUGGGUGACCUGAUGUUCAACAUCCCUGCCGUCCAAAUGGCAAAAUACCACAGUGAUCUCGCCUGCAGCUGCGGUGCGGAGGUGGUUUACAUGGAGCUCUAUGCACAUCAGGGAGUAGAACCAGAGAACCAGAGUAGCUCUAGGGACUUUUUCAGACGAUGCCAAGCCCAUGCACCCUCACUCUGCCGGGCAUCAGAGUAUGAUGACGCACCCUACUCUGGGAAUUUAUGGUUCUCCAUAACCAUGAAAAUGCUGAGCUUCAGGGCUUUUUUGAGAAUUGCCAGGACCACGUACCCUCACUCUGGCAGGCAUGAGAGGAAGAUGACUCUGGUUCUCCAUAAGUACGAAAGCCGAGCUCCAGGGGCUUUUCCAGAUGCCAAGCCCAUGCACCCUCACUCUAGUGGGUAUCAGAGUAAAAUGAUGCACCCUAUUCUGGGAAUUGAUGGUUCUCCAUAA